GAGGAGGAGGGAUCGCCCCCAUAGCGCGCAGCAUGAACGCUCCGCGGCAAAAGGAUGUGUGAACAAGCAGCGCGCUACUGCAGGGACGGCGUCCACAAACUGCUCCACAAAGAACAAGCCAAACUCCGGGCACAGGACAGCAAAGACCAGCCCAAACCCGGGGCUCAGGACAGCGAGACAGCGACGGCUGCACAGUCCGGAAACAGCGGCACUCAGCCCGGUGGUAUAGACGGGCUUGUCCGCUGGAUAGUCACCAAGAUGAGCGACAAUAAAAGCAUCUCUACUCGGGAAUAUGUGAAAGAGGAGGCGGCGGUGGCUCAGGAGCAGUUCUUUGCGCCGGAGCCCCGAAAGGGCAUCUCUGUCAUUUUGGAUAUUUUCCGGAGAGCUGAUAAGGAUGAUGAUGGAAAGCUCUCCCUUGAUGAGUUCCAGGCUUUCUUCUCUGAUGGGACUCUGAAUGAAGAGGAGCUGGAAAAACUGUUUCACACCAUUGACUCUGAUAACACCAGUAAUGUUGACACCAAGGAACUAUGUGACUACUUUGCCAACCACAUGGGGGACUAUGAAGGUGUUCUGGCCUCCCUAGAGACACUCAACCUGGCCAUUCUCAAAGCCAUGGAUUUCACCAAAAAGGUAUAUGAACGUGGAACUAAUGUUGAGCAGUUUGUGACCCGCUUCCUGUUGAAGGAAUCAGCCAAUCAGAUCCAGUCUCUGCUGAACUCUGUAGAGAGUGCUGUGGAUGCCAUUGACGAGCAGCAUUCAUCAGUGGGAUCCUACCCCAGUAAGACCAGCCCACGCGUCCCAGAUAGGCGCUACGAGGCCCCGGUGCCAGAUUAUCCUCCCAACAACAGAGUCAGUUCAAAGGAUAGCAUGAGGAACAUCAACACAGGUGCAGGAGCUGUGGAGGUGAGAAAAGAAGGACUUGAGGCACAGAUCAACCGACUGGCUGAGCUGAUUGGGCGUCUGGAGAAUAAGACAGUUUGGUUUGACCUACAUCAGCGACUAACAGACACUGAUGGCACAACUAGCGCAUCUCUCUACCUGAUCCGCCAGGAGAUGAAAGUUUCCCAGAAGCAGCUGGGAGACUUCUGCGAGGCCCUGAAACAAUAUCUGAAGAAUGUGUCUGCACAGAGAGACUGUUUCCAUGUGACGGCUGUGCGGUUGCCUGACGGUCUUUCCUUUGUGGUGUAUGAGUUCUGGGACGGAGAGGAGGAAUGGAAGAGGCACCUUCAGACUGCAGCUUGCAAGGCUUUCCAGCAUGUGAAAGUGGAUACUCUGUGCCAGCCCGAGGCUGUGUCCGCUGUCGCUGUGCCUGCCGCCUGGUGCAGCUUGAACAGAGACUGAGAAGCGAGCUGGUCUGCGGGUGGAACAUUCCCGCCUUAUGCCUGAAAACCUUCUCUUCUUCUCCUCUUCCUCCCUCCCUACCCCUCUGUCACAGUCCCUGCUAUCUUAACUACCCCCCCUUUUUCUCUGCGCUCUCCCCACUCUGUCUCCUCCUCUUUUGUAAUUACUUGUUUACACAGUAUCCAUUUGAUAUUGAGCCAAAUGUAGUGUCGGCUACAGAUGCCAGACACAGUACCGUUUCCCUCUUCACCCUCCACUGCAACAUACAGAAACGACAUUAAAACUCCCCAGAACAUUUGGGAACCUCACCUGGUUGAUUCACAUUCGCAUUUGAAAUAUCAACUUACAUAAACAGUCUCUUCUAACUAAAUGAGGCUGAUUAAUAUUUCAUCCCAAUUCAAACAUGAAUCCGCUGCUUUGCAAACAGUUCCCUGUGGUACAACUUCUGAGAAGACAAAAACUGUGCAGCAAAGUAUUUCUACAGCCGUCCAUGGACAAUAGCAUUUCUGUAAUGGUCGUUUGAUACUAGCUAUAGGUUGGUGUUAUAAGUGCUUUGAAUUGUAUCUUCAUGACACAUUUGUGUAACACACUGAGCCACGUAGAGAGACUGGUACUUUUGUCAAAACAUGAGCAUGAUGCAUUCUGCCAUUCAAAGGGCCUACAUUUACAACACACCAAAUAAACAUCUGGUCCAAAAGCACAAUGUACCUGAAGUAUAGAUGAAAUGCUUAUGUAAAUGAGAUUCGCUGAUAGAGAGGAGAGAAUAUCCUGAGUAAUAACAUAAUUAAAUUGAAUAUUUUAUGUUGAUCAUUUUUGAAAGAUAAUAUAGGGAUCUAGAAAGAGUGUGUAGAUUUAGAGAGUGGCAUUAAAUUAUUAUUCCAUCAGUUUUAUUGCUUCUCUAUAAUUGAACAUUUGGCAUCAAACUAUGUCAUUUCUCAGGACAAGCAAAAAGGAUUUUUCAAAGUAGGUCAGACUUUCACAUCUCACAUUUGUUGAUCGAUAAUUCAAAGGCUGUUGUAUUUGUGUGAAUUUCUGGUUGGCUCAAUGUGUAAACAACUCAAAACCGACACGGCCCAAACUGCAGCAUUCCUUUCCGUUUGCUUUCCCACCAAUCCUGCCUUCUGUUUGGUUUGUUUAUCCCUCACAGUGAGUGCAUGUUACAAAUGAAUGUCAAGUAAAUUAUUUGCCGUAGAAUUUAGCUAUGCUACUUUAAAUGGAUUUUGUGCAUUUCUUAUUUUCUUUUAUAUUACUCCAGGAACGGAAAAAAAAACAAAACUCUAUAUAUACGAAAUGAAUAAACCUUACUAUAUGAGCAGUCACUUUUAAUGGCAUUGUUUGAUGAAAUACUACUUCUUAUACCCAUGUAUGUUUCCGUAUACUGGCUUUCUCUCUUAUAAGUGAGUGUAGAGAUUUAUUGCAGGGAUGCAAAGUAUUAUAUUCGUCUGAAAUUUGUUAAAAUUCUAGAUUAUGUAGAG